CUUUCUAAGAAUAAUAUUAUAUGGCACUGAUAGCACACUGUUUUUUGUGGCAUUCUCCCAGGAUGAAAUGCUUAGUGUGUUGCUUGUCAGUUUUUUAACUUUUACAGGAAAAACGUAAACUGCAGCUUCCUGCUUGGACUGCUGGUUAUUAUCCAGAUAAAUUAAGGACACUGGCUGCCAGAAGUUUGGCUUUGUUUUCUGAAAGUCAGACGAUGAAACGUCUUAAUGGAGGUCCUUUAGUGAAACACAUUAUAGAAAAAAUCCAGUCACAAAGUAACACUUCAAGAACUGUGUCUCCAAAAUUUCUCAUGUUUUCUGCCCACGAUGUUACCAUUGUGAAUGUUCUCCAAACUAUGGGGUUCACAGAGCUAUUAAAGCCACAGUAUGGUGCAGCAGUUAUCAUUGAACUUCAUUCAACAAAUGACAGUGGUUAUGAAGUUAAGGCUGGCACCAAAGAAUGAGAAUCAGAGAAACAGCAGAGCUCAUUGGCUAUUCUCAUGCUACACUUGUGAGCAUCUAUGGAAAAUGGUUGAAGGAUAGUGAAAUCAUCAAUAGGCAACAAAGUGUUGGAUGUCUAUGCAUCAUUAUAGGACAUGGAUGUUGAAGGAUUGCCCACUCUAUGCCAGAUAGAUAGUCAUCUGUGGUAGAUCUGAUGACAAAGUACAAUGCUGA